AUGGCGGCACUACCAACAAUGCGCCCUCUGGGUUGUUUAAGGACCUUGAUGAGGCCUUCAGGGCCCAUCACCCCCAUCGUCAACCGUCGAUUCAUUUCGACAGCCUACUCGAAGAGACCCGAACGAGUCCCUCUCCCGCCAAACAUGCCCGAGCAAUUCCUAACACAAAUCCCUCUUCGCUUCCGUCCUGAUCCCGCACGCGAGCCCCUCAAAAUCUACCCUGCACCGCCAUCCGCCCGCAAAGCAUGCAAGGACCCCGUUGCAGCCGUGACCGAAUCGCAACUGGCCGUCCUCGAUCCCAAGGGAGAGCGCAAGGCAAUGUUCGACUACCGCCGCAACCCGCGCAGUAUCAAGCCCGGCGACACCGUCCGCGUGACAUUCAAGAACGGCGAUCCGUUCAACGGAGUCGUUCUGAGCAUCAAGCUGCGCGGAGUCGAGACUUCGUUCCUGCUGAGGAACGAGCUUACACGUGUGGCUGUUGAGAUGUCUGUUAAGGUCUUCAGCCCUAAUGUUAACAGUGUGGAGAUCGUCCAGCGGGCGGAGAAGAAGCGCAGAAGGGCUAGAUUGUACUUCAUGAGAGACCGCAAGCACGACCGGAGGAGCGUCGAGAAUAUCGUGGCCAACUAUGUUCGCCAAAAGAAGGCCUUCCUUGGUGGUGGUGGUGGUCAGCGUCGG